AUGUUCUUCAAGCGCUUCCCAUCCCUUACUGUGCCAAAACCGCCGGCAUCGACUGACCAGGAUCCACAAACGCAGAGCAUCUUGCUCAAUCGCCUUCCCGCUGAGAUCAGGAAUGAGAUCUACGCCCUUGUCUUUGCGACUGAAGAAUGGCCACUCAUCCAAUUGGCUCCAUCGGAUCCCCCAUUGCACCUACCACACCCACUUUCACUGCUGCUGACCUGCCGCCCCUCGAUCCGCAAACCCUCCUGUAUCGACGUCGGCUCUCUCCUCAGCAACGCAUUCCUCCUAUUCCCGCAUCUCUCGCGCUUUACAAUCAAGAGCAAGUUGCGUGGCGUGCCGGGGUGUGGGCACCAGAAUCCCCCGCGGCAGCGCGGCGUGUACACCUCACAUGCGUACACCAACUGGUCCGAGGACACGCAGCUGGUUCUGCGCGCCAUCGACAGGUACGCGCCGCCGUGGUUCGUUCGUGAUAUCGAGAGGAUCACGGAUGGGAAAGUGUUCAGGUGGCAGACGGGCUCGAGAUGGACGGCGAAGUGGUCGCAGGUGGAAAGUGGACAGUGCUACUCACGGAAAGAGAGUGGCGAGGAGGGCCCCCGGCAAGAGCUGUUCAUGGAUAGUGUUGCUAUUGGCGUGGUUGCGGGCGUGCAGAAGUGUAGAUUCGGCUGCAACGAGGCGUCGUGGACGCAUGUCGUGCUGCUGCAGGAGGGCGGGAGGCACGUCGAUGUCGAUGUUGUGUAUGGCGAAGGGGCGGAGCCGUCGCCGCCUGAGAGGAAGAAUCGUCGCCCGAAAUUUGAGUUAGUGCCAGGCACGAUGCCUGUCAGUCCCAGCGAGGUCAUGGUUGAGAGGAGUGCCAUCGGAUACGAACCAGUCGACGACGAAUACUGGGAGGCCAUCAGGCGUAGGAAUGGCAACUUGGGCGCGGUAUGUCGAGGGAUUUGGAAGAAUGCAAAUGCAGCCAUGCGACCGGUUGCAGCUUCGAUCCCUGCGGAAGGAAGCCCUCCAAGAGACGACUCUGACUCCUAG